GACAAGUGCCUCUUGGGGCCGCUUCCCUCACAAAUGAGAAAACAAUACCCUUGAACCUGGAGUGAAACUGAACUAUCUAAGGAAAACACUGUGAGCAAACACCGAGAGCCGAGGGAAACCGUCUGAUUAGAAGAGCUCCCCUCGGGAGCACAUAAGGUGCACACCCUCAGCAGCCGCAGGGCCAGCGGGCGGAGGCCAUGUCCACCACCACCUGCCAAGUGGUGGGCUUCCUCCUGUCCCUCCUGGGGCUGGCAGGCUGCAUAGCCGCCACGGGGAUGGACAUGUGGAGCACCCAGGACCUGUACGACAACCCGGUCACCUCCGUGUUCCAGUACGAAGGGCUCUGGAGGAGCUGUGUGAGGCAGAGCUCAGGGUUCACCGAGUGCAGGCCCUACUUCACCAUCCUGGGCCUUCCAGCCAUGCUGCAGGCAGUGCGAGCCCUAAUGAUCGUGGGCAUCGUCCUGGGUGCCAUCGGCCUCCUGGUAGCCAUCUUUGCCCUGAAAUGCAUCCGCAUUGGCAGCAUGGAGGAUUCCGCCAAAGCCAACAUGACGCUGACCUCUGGAAUCAUGUUCAUCAUUUCAGGUCUCUGUGCGAUUGCCGGAGUGUCUGUGUUUGCCAACAUGCUGGUCACUAACUUCUGGAUGUCCACGGCUAACAUGUACACCGGAAUGGGUGGGAUGGUGCAGACUGUUCAGACCAGGUACACCUUCGGCGCAGCUCUGUUCGUGGGCUGGGUGGCCGGAGGCCUCACGCUCAUCGGGGGUGUGAUGAUGUGCAUCGCCUGCCGCGGCCUGGCACCCGAGGAAGCCAACUACAAGGCUGUGUCCUAUCACGCCUCGGGCCACAAUGUUGCCUACAGGCCUGGAGGCUUCAAGACCAGCACUGGCCUGGGGUCCAACAUGAAAAAGAAGAUAUACGAUGGGGGCGCCCGCGCAGAGGACGAGGUCCAAUCUCAUCCUUCCAAGUACGACUAUGUAUAACGCGCCAAGACCCCUCGGCA